CAUUGGAAAAAACAUUGCAAUACUGAUUUAAGAUUUAUUACUCGAUGAAUUUGUUCGUGUUUGGCAAUAUAAUUACAUAUUUAACUGGAUCACACCAAAUUUUUUCUUCUAGAGAUAAGGGAAAUCUAACUGCAGCGCUGGAGCUAGUGCCUCUGUGCCUGAAGGACAUUUAUUCUUCAUAAAAGACCUUAUGAGUGAAGGAAUCAAUGUCUUCAUUGACUGAUGAACAACGAAAACGUAUUGAGGCGAAUCGAGCAAGAGCCUUGGCAAAAUUGGGGCAAAAAAGGAAUGCAGCACCUCAUUCAUCUAAAAAUAAGACAGGGGAAAUUUUACAACAUUCCACAAGUGAUCGCAAUAAGACUUUUAACAAUGGACAAACAGUACAGAGAGUGGCCACAACAAGCCUUGAUCUUUCAAGAUUCAAAUACCACCAUGGAAAGAAUAGUACUACUUCUCCACACAAGGCUACAAACCAAGGUCUUGUCAGCACUGCUGUCAAAAGGCAAAGUACAUUCAAUAAUUUUCAUGGGAGUAAUAAAACUAAGAGUGUGAAUGAUGCUUUAAUGAAGGCAAAAGUUGUGCAAGGCACUUGUGUUUUGUUGAACAAAACAAGGUUCAAGGUUGUAGUUGGUUAUCAUGGCAAGCUAGUUGGAGUUUUAAAAUCACUACCAAGUAAAUGCUAUGAUGCGCAGACGCGAACAUGGAACUACCUUCUGGAAGAUUAUGACAAACUAAUGUCCUUGUGCAAGCCAUUGGCGAACGAGGUAACAUUGUCAGGACUACCGAAAGAGGUCGCUCGAUUAUUUUUACCUCAAAAGAAAGAAAGUUCUGUGGAUGAUUCAAAAACUGAAAUCGCUUGGGAUCGCAUUGACCCAAAACUUGUGGGUUCGCUAAUGCCUUUUCAGAGAGAAGGUGUCAUCUUCAGCAUCAAACAAAAUGGCCGCGUGCUACUUGCUGAUGAUAUGGGACUGGGAAAGACGGUUCAAGCAAUAGCUGUGGCAGCUUACUACAAAACUAAAUGGCCUUUACUAGUUGUAGUUCCAUCGUCUCUUAGAAUGACGUGGAGACGGGCUUUUUUACGAUGGCUUCCUUCAGUAAGACCUGAUCUGAUAAACGUUGUUCUAACGGGCAAAGAUCCGCCAAAUGCUGGCCUGGUUAACGUUGUUAGUUAUGACAUCCUGGUUAAACAGAUUAAAGAAAUCCAAAAUCAAAGAUAUAAAGUCAUUAUUGCUGAUGAAUGUCAUUCAAUAAAAAACCGCAAGGCUGAGAGAACGAAAGCUCUGAUGCCACUACUUAAGGCAUCAUCUCAUGUCAUUUUACUCUCCGGGACUCCCGCCUUGUCGCGACCUUCUGAAUUGUAUACACAAAUAUCUGCUGUUAACCCUAAACUAUUCCCGUCUUACCAUGAUUAUGGAAUUCGCUAUUGUGCUGCUAUAAAGAACAAAUUUGGUUGGGAUUAUUCCGGGUCGUCCAACAUGGAGGAAUUACAAUUGAUAUUGGAAGAAUGUAUCAUGAUCAGACGGCUGAAGAAAGUUGUUUUGGACCAACUGCCAUCAAAAACCAGAGAAGUUGUCUAUCUUGACCCUUCUCUCAUAAAAGACAAAAUGUUAACGGGAGCUGAAAAACAACUGGCCAAAGCCAAGGUUAAAGAGAGACGUUCAGCUCUUUUAGAGUACUUUGGCGAAACGUCUUCCGCGAAAGCACGGGCUGUUAGGGAGUACAUUAUGGAUCUUUUGGAGGGAGGUCACAAACUCAUCGUUUUCGCUCACCAUCGGGAAAUGCUUGACGCAAUUAGCGAGUCUCUUAUGAAAGCGAAAACUGAGUACAUUCGAAUCGAUGGUAGAACUCCCUCUGUCCGACGACAACAACUCUGUGAUAAGUUUCAAAGACAUACGGCAACACGAGCCGCUGUUUUGUCUGUGACAGCCGCAAAUACAGGUCUUACGUUGACCGCAGCAACAUGUGUGGUAUUUGCGGAGCUUUUUUGGAACCCCGGGGUUCUUGUUCAAGCAGAAGAUCGGGCCUAUAGGAUUGGCCAAAAGAAUUCUGUCGUAAUUCAUUAUUUGAUCGCAAAGAAAACGGCCGAUGAUUAUCUUUGGCCUCUUAUACAAAAGAAACUGGAUGUACUCAGCGAGGCAGGUUUGAAUAAGGAAAAUUUUGCUGACUUGGAUACAAAGACCUUUCAGGAUCCAAAACAACGUGAUUUGAAAGAUCUAUUUGAAACGAUGAUUGAUGAAUUUGAAGACGACGAAUCUUUCGUGAAAGAUUGUCUUGAGAAUAAGGAUAAUACUGAAAUCGAUGGAGAAACUGCAUGUGGCAGCGGCGACAACGGUAAAAAUAAGAAAGAACAGGCCAAAUUAUGGAGUGAGAGAGCGGAUUGUGGAGAAACUUCAAAAACCAACAGUGACCAUAUUGAGAAUAGCGAAGCCAGCAUGAUUAACGAUGUGUCAGAAGACUGGUUUGAUAAUAUAGAUAAAGAUGAUUGGGACGAUCUUGAUUUAGAUGCUCUGUAUAGUUCCAUUGAAGAACCGAGUGCAAAAAGGAAACGCUUAUAGAUUCUCUUACCUUCGUAUUAAAAGUAAAACAAAUCUACAAAACAAAUCGUUUAAAAUUAAAACGAAUCUACACAUUCUUGGGAUUUGCUGAAAAAUAGCCUCAAACAUAUUCGGAAAUAAAGACGAAUUUACAUUCAAAUGAUCGACUCUCAUCAGUGAAAAUUAUUGGUUCAAGAUAACCCAUUUGCUAAAACGAUUUGCAUGCACGAUUGACAUUUGACAGGGUCACAGGGGCCUUGUUUUCUUAUGCUUGUGUUGAAGUUUUGCACAUAACCAAAGUUAGUUAUAUACGGCCUGACUGAGGCUAUAAUGGAUACGGUGCGAUUGUUUUGCAUUUUUAAUCUAAAAAGAAGUACAAGAAUUAACAAUGUAUUUCAAAACAGUUUUAAAAGAAAAAAGGUCAAGUAUUAAUAAUAUAUUUCAAUGUAUAUAACGCGUAUAGUCUUUAGCAUUGUAUUUAAAUCGUCAACAAGCAUGCACCUCGUACUUUCGUAGAUUACAUCUGAAAUCGCAAAUAAAGCAAAUAUCCAGCUAAACAGACAUUGACAAUUUAUUAUUGACAAGAUAUUCACUAGCUGGUCUAUCGGGUCGCAUGCAAAUUAAAAUUUAAU